AUGGCGUCAAAAACGAAAGAAGAUGUAAACCGGCAGAAAAGAGAUCCUUUCGCUUAUUUCGGCGGACUUGGAGAUGUGGAUGGGGAAGACGACGACUCAGAAAAUGAAAAAGACGAGCCGGAGACUAAAGGCUCUGACUUGUCCUUCAUCUCAAAAAGUGAAGUUGGAGAGAAUGGACGUAAAGAAAAACUACCGUCAGCUGAGAAAAUUCUUGAGACGUCAGCGAAACCAGAAUUUUUGAAUAAAGAUGCAAAAGUUGACAUAGACUGGGAAAAGUUCGCUAAAGACGAUACCAGAGAACAAGAAGAACCCAUAAACUAUUCUUCUAACGCAAUACCACCGCCAGCAACGUACGAUCCAGUCACCGAGCCUUUAAAACCAACAACUGGGGAUACUGGCGAAAGUGAGGAGAAAGGAAAUCGGAAAAGACGUUCUACAGACGAUGUUAAUUCUGGAAAUGCCAAGAAGACAAAAGCAGAUGGCUCUGAUAGCAGCUGACAUUAACAACAACAACUGACACUUUUCUGGUAAUAAGAAAAGCCAUAAAUCACUGUUCACCUCCGUAUGGCCUGAGUGGACUCUGGCUUUGGGUGGACUAGGCUUUUGGAUGGUGCAACGAGGAGACAGAAGACAUCUUUAUGAGAAACUGGCUUGCCGUUUGUGGAUGAACUGAUGAAAAUUUAUUAUUGGAAACCACUCAAAUGCUAGGAUCAACACAAAUAUCACCACAAAUGUAAAAUAAAACCAAA